AUGGGCAGUUGCAGAACUUGUAGACGCCGGCAUGUUAGGUGCGAUACGCAACGGCCUACCUGCCAGACAUGCUUGGCAGUAGGCCUAACUUGCGAAGGGUUUUCGAAUGAAAUUCGAUGGGCGUCCUCCCGAAAACGUACAUCCGUCUACAUGGAAUCUGGCCCUAUCGCCAGAUUUGGGGUCAGGCAUUAUGUGUUAACGGAAGAGGAUAGACGCUCAAUGACUGCUGCCCUCAGCAAGGAUCUGUUGUUGGGUUCUGUCGAUGCUUCUUUAGAGGAGAUUGACACAAGAUCGAGAACUCCGUGCUUUCGUUCCGAACAGGAGGCAAGAAUUGGCCCUUUCGCUGUUCUUCAUAUUUCUGCUCUCUCCAACAAAUUGCAAGACACACAAGUUCCCUGUCUUACGACAGAACCACCUGCAGAUGAGAUCCCCAGCAUCCAGACCUCCAAUGCGAGCAUUCAAACAGUUCUAGAUGUUUCCCCGGCUCCUGUAGAUCCCUUCCUGCAAUGGGAUCUUGGUAGCGAGUUUCCUGCGCUUUCGGCUUACCAUGACUUAGAAUUUCAAUCUACCUUUGAUUGCAUGACCUCGUUGCAUUUGAAUGGCCCCUUGACUGACCAGCCACUGAUAGCAUAUCCAACUUUUGAUGACGAUGAAGGCUGUGAUAUUUCUUCCGAAAACACUGCGUAUCAGCAGACGUUGACGCAUCAGUCGUACAUAAAUGAUGAUAUAUUGAAGAAUGCCCCUGAAUUACUGAAGCAUUUCCAAACAAAUGUUAUACCCCAGAUGACUGUUAUUCCUCUAAGCAAAAAGUCACCCUGGGAUAUCGUGAAUAUACCGGCUGCGUUGCUUACACUGGGAUCAUUGACGAUAAUGAACUGCGAAACCGUUACUCAUGCGCGACAAGCACAUUUAUACUCCCUCCUUGCAUGCUCUGCAAUCGACCUCGCUACGAAUCCAUCAAAGGAGACGACGCGUUUUUCGCGGGAGUAUUGGGAAAAGCUUGCAGAGCAAUGUUAUGCAGAAGCCAAAAGUCACAUACGGAUAUCCUUGAGCGAGGAGACUGGAGGACCCAGGAAGGCCAAGCUUAAAGACCAGUUGAUGGCCCUUUAUGGAAUGAUAAAAUUUACAGUAUUUUCCGGCCAACAUCGAGAUGCAAGGUGUUAUCUUGUCGAUGCGGAGCGACUCCUGCGCGUACGGGGACUACCAAAGCGCAAGAUCUCACGAAGAAUGCGUCUUCUGCUCAAUAUCUACACCUGGCUUCGGAUUUCAGGUGAAAGUACCUAUGUUCUCCAUGACUACACUCUAUUACCGUCGGCAUUAAGUACUUUCAAUCUUCACUGUCAAUCAAAGAGGCCCAUAGCAAGUGGAGAGCGGCCCAUACUAAGCCAUGUGCAGGGCGUUUGUCUAGAUGAUUGUCUACAUAUAGAAAAGCGGAACAUUACAGAUAUCCACCUGCAGGACUCAAGAAAAUCAUCUGAGACUCUCAGUAAACAGGUUUACGGAAUACCCGAGAUUUGGCUUAGCUUGUUAUCACAAACUACCCGCCUCGCAAACAUCAUGGACAUCCUGAGAAAUUCACAGAAUACAGAGAUCACGAUGAGUUGCAUUAUAUAUCAAGCAUUACAGGACCGCGCUUCGCGCCUUGAGCGUGUGAUAAAUGAUUAUACCGCGCGCGAAAUCGAGCCAAAUCAUCGCAGCGAGCAAACGACGCAUGAUACGCUAAUCUUCCGCGCACUCAAUUCAGCCUUGAUUAUAUUUUUCCACAGACGUGUUCGACAAACAUAUCCAGCACUCCUAGAAGGUGAAGUUGAGAAGGCUAUUACAUCUUUGCUUGCAUUCUAUAGAAGACUGAAAGUGAGGGAUCCCCUGGGCCUAGGCACUCUCUGGCCCUUAUUUAUCGCGGGUUGCGAAGUCAUAACCCACAGACAGCGUGAAUCUAUCCUAUACCUACUGGCAAAGGCAAAUCUAAUGAGCGGGCUUGCUCCUUAUAAGAUUGCAAGUGAUCUAGUAACUGAAGUCUGGAGAAGGCAGGAUGAACAGCUGACAGCUAGCCGGCAGGCACCCUUGCCUAGUUGGAUCGAUAUCUCAAAGGAACGAGCCAUAUUUUUAUUAGUCUCCUUCAGACAUCCCAAGGGUGCGAUCUUUUCAAUCUAG